CUCGACGCCAGCCUCCGUGGAAAGCAUCGAUACAACAUGUUCAAGAAAUUCUCCGUCUCAUCAGACGUAUCCGGACAAACACCCGUGAAGACAUCGGUUCAGCGCCAGCUGCGCUCCGCCAUCCUUUCCCAAUGGAAGAUCGAGCCAGAGACGCUCGAGGCGGUGUGGCCGAAGAAAGAAGGCCUCGUGCUCGUCAAAUGCAGAGAGCACAUAUCCAUCUAUACCGUGAACGGCGAGCCCAUCUUCUUCCAACACUUUGACGGUCCCUUCUAUCCGACUCUCCGCCUUCUUCAUAAGUAUCCAUAUAUCCUCCCGAGGGUACAGAUAGACCGCGGCGCUAUCCGCUUCCUCCUUGCCGGCGCGCACAUGAUGUGCCCCGGCAUGACGAGCAAGGGAGGCUAUCUCCCGCCGCCGGAAGAGGAGAUUCCCGCCGGUGCCGCCGUGGCAAUAUACGCCGAGGGGAAGGAGCACGCUGUGGGCGUGGGUAUCACGAAGAUGAGCACGGAAGAAAUCAAGAAGGUCAACAAGAACAUCGGCGUAGAGACGACGACCUAUCUUGGGGACGACCUCUGGUCGAUACGCACGCUCUGAAAGCGCCCGUAUGUCGUCGAAGGUGCCUCCCAUUUGUAGCGGCUGCGCGCAUCCAUAUCCGCCGCACUUCGCAUCUUCGUUGUAUAGUGUAAGAUAAGCAACCUUUGUACUACCACUUCGACGCACAUCCAAUGUAACACCGCGUCCGCGCACGGCUUGACGUGUACUCGCGCACCUGUGGCUAUCACGAGGUCGUACUCGAGGCGAGGUGGCGUUCGGCUCUGCACCCGCAGCACUCCCAAGUCGUCUACAGCAUUGGCUGUGGAAGAAGCCAGGCGACAUAUCGCACCGACCCAAUACCUUCGGCGGAGACUCAUACAGGGACCUUCUCGGACGUAGGAUCACGCCUUCCUCGCGUUCCUCUUGACGGCGACAGCGCUUCGCCUUCUCUCCCUUCACUCGCAUCUUGUCUUGGGGCUUGUCGACUCACCUCACUUGGC